AUGAACUCUGUUGCUCAAAAUCCAGAGCCAACUCCCGAGCUAGUGGUACAGGUUAAUGGUGGUUGCGAGAAAAGAUCGCUACUGAUGACAACCGGUAUGCUUGCUCUAAGCUUCAUUCCUACUAGUUCGGCUUUAUGUAAAGAAAUCCCUGAAAACUAUAUGGAAUUUGUUGAUAAACAAGACGGCUAUUCUUAUGUUUACCCAUCAGAUUGGAAGGAAUUUGACUUCACAGCACAUCAUUCUGCAUUUAAAGACAGGUACUUGCAGCUUCAGAAUGUGAGAUUGAGCUUUAUACCUACAGACAAGAAUGACAUCCAUGAUUUGGAUCCAAUGGAAAAUGUAGUUCAAGAUUUAGUGAACAAGCUAUAUGCAGUUCCGAACCAAGCGACUUUCAUCAAAGGCAUACAAGAGCGUUCAGUCGAUGGAAAAAAUUACUACACUUUUGAGUACAAUCUUACUUCUCCGAAUUUCUCUGUGACUCGUUUCACAAUAAUCGCGAUUGCUAAUGGGAAAUAUUACACAUUAACUGUUUCAGCAAACGAUAGAAAAUGGAGGAGAGCCCGAAAUAAGCUUAAAGUUGUUGUUGACUCUUUCAAGGUGUUUGAGAUCUAUAGUUUGCUGUAUUGGAACUGA